GCGACGGACUUGGGGAGGGGAAGACGCUCCGUCUGGCUGGGGUCACCCUUCCAGGGGACACACCGGCUUUAGAGUGGAUGGGCCUCCGGGCCUCCCCGCACUCCAAGAGAACCUUGACACUGCCCAUCUUCCUCAUCCUUAACGAGCUGGCAGGGAGGGGAUGAGGUCAGGAUGACGGCACGGUGACGUCCUUUUUAAAAACGGACUUGGCUGAGCAAGCAAAAGAAAGCCUGAACAAAGGAGAGGAAACCAGCAAAGAUAACUUUGGAAGCACUGAAUGCAGCAGAACUGGAACCAUGGAUCUCAAGUUCAACAACUCCAGGAAAUAUAUUUCCAUCACUGUCCCCUGCAAAACCCAAACAAUGUCACCACACAUCAAGUCAAUAGAUGACAUUGUAGUACUUGGCAUAAAUCUCAGCAAAUUUAACAAACUUACUCAAUUUUUCAUAUGUGUUGCUGGAGUUUUUAUAUUUUACCUAAUUUAUGGAUAUUUACAGGAAUUAAUAUUUUCAGUGGAGGGUCUUAAGACCUUUGGCUGGUACCUUACUUUAGUACAAUUUGCAUUUUACUCCAUAUUUGGCCUAAUAGAACUUCAGCUUAUUCAGGACAAAAGGAGAAGAAUACCAGGAAAAACCUACAUGAUAAUAGCUUUUCUAACUGUGGGUACUAUGGGGUUAUCAAAUACCUCUUUGGGCUACCUGAAUUACCCUACCCAAGUCAUCUUCAAGUGCUGCAAAUUGAUUCCUGUUAUGAUAGGAGGAGUUUUUAUUCAAGGGAAGCGUUACAAUGUUGCAGACGUGUCUGCUGCAGUGUGUAUGAGUCUUGGCCUGAUCUGGUUUACCCUAGCUGACAGCACCAUUGCACCCAAUUUCAACAUGACAGGUGUGAUCCUUAUUUCCCUGGCACUAUGUGCAGAUGCUGUCAUUGGAAAUGUUCAAGAGAAAGCUAUGAAACUGCAUAAUGCUUCUAAUUCGGAAAUGGUUUUGUACUCGUAUUCAAUUGGUUUUGUGUACAUUUUUUUGGGAUUGACGUGCACUAGUGGGUUAGGCCCUGCAGUAGCCUUCUGUUCAAAGAAUCCAGUUCAAACCUAUGGUUAUGCUUUCCUUUUUUCCCUCACUGGGUAUUUUGGAAUCUCCUUUGUUCUGGCUUUGAUUAAAAUUUUUGGUGCACUUCUUGCAGUAACAGUGACAACAGGAAGAAAAGCAAUGACCAUUGUACUUUCAUUUAUAUUCUUUGCUAAGCCAUUCACAUUUCAGUAUGUAUGGUCUGGUUUGUUAGUUGUCCUUGGCAUAUUUCUCAAUGUUUACAGCAAAAAUAUGGAUAAAAUAAGACUACCAUCACUAUAUGAUCUGAUACCCAAAAAAGCAGAAAUGAGAAAGUCAAGGACGUUGGCACAAACUGUAUAGGCAGUGAUUCAUCCAGUUUAAGAUAGAGUUCUAUGGGAACAAUCAUCAACUAAUUAACUUUCCAAAGGGAUUAUUAUAAAAACCAAAGGAUCUGAAGGCAAGCUUGUGAAGGCAUCCAUUUGUGGAUGGAUGGAUUAUGCAUGAAGUCAGCCUUUUCAGAACACUUGUUUGACUGUUUGCCUUCUGAAGCAAUCAAGACAGCCACAUCUGGCGCACCUUAGGAUAAAAUGUCAUAUAAAGGACCAUAAUUCUCAACAGUCUAUUGAGAAUUUCUCUGGAAAUCAACCAUGUUGCAAGACUAAUUGGAUAUCAUUGUGACAUAUCAAAGAAAUUGAUAUGUAAUAGCAGAUUGCUUUGUCUUCAUUCCAUUUUGGUGUUAUUUAAAUUGAUUCUCUGUUAUAAGAGUGAACCGAUGAUUUAAAGUCUAGAGACUUCAUUAUAAAUAAAAAUUCUGUGAUAUUUUUUUUUUAAAGAAUGUGUUAGUAGAUUUUUGUUAUGAAGAGGGAAGAAAAGGUUGGAGUGAGGCUUUACAGAAACUUUAAGACAACCUAUUUCCCAGUAAUUUAAAAAAUACUAUUCAGAGAAAGCAUACUUUGAGUAUGCGGAAUACAGGCAAAAUAGUAAAGGGAGUCGUCAUCCUGUUACCCUGUAAGUGUGCAUCACAAGACAUACUUGGUACUACUCAUCAAAGAAAUACUAAAAGAUUUAAUAAUUCAGGUUUUUUAAUUGAAGGGAAAAUAACACAUAAUUUUACUAUUUUAUAAUAAUUUUUCUCAUCAAAGUAAAAUUUAAUUUGGCAACUUGAAAAUAAUAUGUUGCUUUUAUAGUUUUGAGUCUAAACACAAAAAUGUUGGCCCUUAUGUUUUAGCAGUAAGUUUUGGAAUUGCUUCCACUCUAUUAAAGAACUCCUAUUUAUCUUCAUUUUAUUUCUAAGUAAUGUUGGUUAAAACAGCUUAAUAUCUAUGCUAUUGGUGAUACCACAUAUUUUGUGAGUAUAAUAUGCUUGGAAUAUUUAAUUUCAUUCUUAAAGUUCCAUUGUGUUCUGAUGAUGACUUUAACCUAUAAAUAAAUAUAUGUGGGUACAAGAACCCAUGAUAAUUUAAGUAUCUAACAUAAGGAUUUCUGGUUUUUAUUUGUCAUAUGUUAAAAUAAUGUGGGGAUUUAUUCCCCAAAUAAAUGGUGAUCAUUUUUAGGUUUUUGUAUGUUAAAAUGAAAGGAAUCUUAAUUUAUACCUCAUCAUGCUGCCUUAAACUCUAAAAAAAUAAGAAAUGCUUUUCUAACUUUUUACCUUGCCUGUUACCACCAUUUUCCUCAUCCCACCCGCCUAAUUUUAAACAAUUUAGCACUGUUUGAAAAGUGAGUUUGCCAGCCUAACUAACCCUUUAUACUCCAUUUCCUUUUUGUUCACCUGCCAUCACAUGGAGGUAAACUUCAUCUCACUUAUUUGUAUCCAUAAACAGUCUGAAACGUAAAAGAAUUCCUAUACUAAAGGAAAUAAACUUUUGAACAUC